GGUUGCAUUUCUAUGAGCAGCAUUGACUCGCUCCUCUGCACUUCGCCUGUUCCACGCAGAGAGAGCGCCACCCAUCUCCCCAUAUUGAAACUCCUGUUUCGGUUCACCUUUACAUUUGGACUCGCAUCAUCUCCAUCCUGCGCCCCGAGCGUCUCAGCAGCCGGAACCGAGGGGUUUACAGGGACUAGGAAAUGAUCUCGCCGGAGAUUAAUUUGAAUUUAUUUACGAGUGAGCUUUCACUUUACCUCAAAAAUCAAGUUAAAGUCGGGUUAUUCGGCUCUGGAGUGGGACUCUCUGUAGUGCUCGGGUUCAGCGCCGCAUAUGCCUGCUACUACUUGAUGUCCGUGGCUAAGAAGCCACUACUCAUUGCUGGAGGAAAAAAGUUUCAUCAGUUCCUGAGGGACAAAUGCCCCGUGGUCUCAGAGACAUACUACCCCACGUUCUGGUGCUGGGAGAGUCGAGUCCAAACACUGCUCAGGCCCUUUGUGACUGCUAAACCCUGGGUCAACUACAGAAAUGAGCUCAUUAGAGCAUCAGAUGGAGGCCAGAUCUCUCUGGACUGGUUUGACAAUGAUGACAGCACGUCCCACCCGGAUCCGUCUACGCGACCCACAGUGCUGCUGCUCCCAGGACUGACGGGCACGAGCCGUGAAUCCUACAUUCUGCAUAUGGUACAGCAUAGUCGUGAUCUGGGCUACAGAUGCGUAGUAUUCAACAACAGAGGUGUAUCUGGUGAAAAGCUAUUGACUCCCAGGACGUAUUGUGCAGCCAACACAGAGGAUCUGGAGAUAGUAGUCGAUCAUGUCCACAAGACCAUUGAAAGAGCUCCGCUCAUGGCAGCUGGGGUUUCUAUGGGCGGGAUGAUGUUGACGAACUAUCUGGGUCGUAAAGGGCGUGAGACGUGUCUGAAGGGUGUGGUGGUUUUCUCGGCAGGCUGGGAUGUGUUUGAGUGCACGGCGUCCCUGGAGAAACCCCUAGACCGUUUUCUCUUCAACUCCUACCUCACCAGCUGCCUGCAGGCAUCCGUGGACCGUCACAGAACUGUUCUUGAACAGAAAUACAACAUAGACCAUGUGAUGAAGGCUAAAACAAUCCGAGAGUUUGAUGAACGUUUUACUUCCGUCAUGUUUGGUUAUCCAACCAAUGAGGACUACUAUCGAGACGCUAGUCCCAUUCACAAGAUCAAGUCUGUGCAAGUGCCGAUGCUUUGCCUCAAUGCAGCUGAUGAUGUCUUCUCUCCAAAUCAUGCAUUUCCAGUAGAGGCAGUGAAGCAAAACCCCAAUGUGGCUCUCCUCAUCACUUGCCAUGGCGGCCACAUCGGCUUCCUGGAGGGGCUGUGGCCACGGCAGAACACCUACAUGGACCGAGUUUUCCGCCAGUUCACCAAGGCCAUCUUUGAGAACGGCAGCAGUCUAACUGACCUCCACUGACCCCCUCCUUCCAUUCCCUCAAUAGCCAUGUGCAAAAAAAUCCUGAUACAUUUCCAAAAUGAGACAUUCUUGAAGGGCACAGGUUCACUUAAAGACCAGGGUCAUUGUUUUGUUUAUUCAUUUAUGUUUUUAUUUAUUUUUAUGGUCCCAAGCACAUCUAUUUGUUUUACAUUCAUGGAACAGAAAUUGUUCUUUUCCGUUCAUACAUCCAUUCACUAGUGCACUUAUUUGUUUCUUAAUUUACAUAUGAGGCUUGUUUGUGUAUGACUCUUAUGAUAAUGUUUGAAUAUUUCCAUAUAGGGAACACUGGAUUGCUCCAUUUUUAUUGCUUGACAUCACUUUACAUUCAUCAAUGCCUUCAAUUAAUCGUACAAAUUCCAAAAAAUACAUGAAACUAUAGAUUAAGAAAAAGUAUUGGAUGAAUCGCAUGGAAAAACCUAUGCAUCAUAUUUCACCCCAGAAUCAAAAGAAAAAAAUAAGACUUUAGAUUUUGUUACAGUUACAGUAUUUACAUUCUUUACUGUGAUACAGGAUAGAAAUUCAUCAUUGUCCAGACACUUUUAAUUAAAAUCAGCAUUCAGUACAACAAAUAAUUCCAUGAUGUAUGCUUAUAAUUGUACAUAACAAAUCGUACUUUACAAUUUCAAUUUUCACAGGGGGUACUUCAAGUUAGGUCACACUGUUAUAUAAAGUACAUAAUCGUCAUACUCAAAUGUAAAAGUGUAAGUAGCUCAUGAGAAAAAUACUUAAGUAAAAGUAUUAAAGUAACUGAUAUUAAAUGUACUUAAAUAUCAAGUACAAGUAAAUGGCGUUAAGUUAAGUUAAUUAAGUUAAUUCUUUCAGGUUAAAUGGGUUUUUCAAAUGUUAUUGUUAGACAUUUUUACGAGUGCAUUGGGUCAUUAUUGUUUCAUAUACAUGGUACUUUGGUUAAAUGUAAGUGGCACCGACAUUUUAUCGACUUACUAAAUAUUACACUUAUGAACAGUUCUCGAGUAAAGGCGGGAGACCUGAACAAAUCAUAUCACACAUAACUUUAUCAGUAUUUGACGGCUUUUUCAUAAUGUAAAAGACAAAAACUGAUUAAAACUUACAUGAACCGUCUCUUCUCUAUAAGUUCCCAAGUGGAGACAAAACAAACACUGACUGGGGUUCCCCUCGUGAUUUUAAUUUUAGAUUCGUUCAGUCCAAUUUUUGAAUCGAUUUGACCAGUUCAAAAGAAUCAAAUUGAUAAAAAAAAAAAAUGGAUCCUUUUAAAUAAAGACAUACCAAUCUUUGCGUCUCUACCAUAAGAGAGUGCAUAAUGGUCAACUUGGAUCGCGUGAGUCUUCUAAGCCAAUCAUAUAAUGGCCCUGACGUCAAUGAAACACGUUCAGAGUGUUACGGCAGUAAAUCACAGUUUGCGGAUACCAUACAAAUGAACGGGGAGAGCUGUAAACUGACAUAUCUGUUGCAAAAUUGUCCACGACUUAUUUUAUAAAUCGACAAUUUUAUCGUACUCUAGUAAACUCCACACUCCAAAAGGAUUGUUUAGUGUAAAACAUGUUGAAGAUUAGUGGACUUGAGAUGAGCUGUUCUCAAGUUUGUCCUAACAAAAGCAGUUUAUUCAGCAUACUGAAGCAUCUCCUCCAUAGACAUCCAUUUAAAAAAAUGGCCUCUGGUCUCUUUGCCAGUGUACGGCUGCAUUAAGCCAAGCACACUCUACACGACUUGCAGUCAGCGCCCUGCGACUGUUUUCAAUGGUGCUAAUGUGUACACUACAAGACUGAUAGAAGACUGGGUGUAUUAACUACACGACCAUUAGUCCCUGACUGAGGCUAUGUGUACACCUGGUAUUAAGAUGCGUUUUGGGCAAUAACAAGUGUACAAGCACCAUAGAACCUGAUAAGAUAUCGCCAAAAAAUGGCACACUCUUAAUUAUACUUGCAUUUAAUAUUAGCGCAAACAUAUGCUUAGAGCAGAAUUCUCAGUUAUUUUUAUUGGAAUACAUGUAUUAACUGAACUUCUAAUGUGUGUUAUUCUCAUAUCUGUGUUUCUGCAUGUUGAUAUCAGACACACUGAAUAAUUUUGUGAAGUUUCGUAAAAAAAUACGAAAAACAGUUGAAAAUUAUGAUGUGACAGCGGGUAGUGAGAUGUGGGUGAAGUAUUAUUUUAUUUUAAAUAAUUUUUUGUCUCCUGCUUCUCAAUACCUUGCUCUCUUCUUGCGCUCUCACUAUAUUUCAUUGACUGUUGCUCAUUGUCGGUCUCUCGCUCGUCGGGACAGUGCGCACAUCUGACGACAAGACAUCUAGAUAUCAAGCUGGUUUGAAAUUUGUCAUAGCGUCUGGGAUUAGUCUCGGCAUGACGCAGGAGUGCACACACAACACACCGUUGGUCGUGCGAUCUGAGACUUCUUGCCACAGACCACUCACCGACUCAGAACAUCAAAGGAGACAAGCUUGAGUCGCGUAACUUGUGUUUUGCUAACCUUGAAGGAUCCCCCUGGUGGUGGGGCUCUAAUAUUACGUCACUAUUACUGAUCCGCAUGCAGUUUCCAUUUGCGGUGUUCAGUCGCAAAAGUAACGAAAUGGUCUGGAGAAAUGUAACAUUGUAAAAGUAUAUAUUUUUUCAUCAGAAUGAAAGUCAACAGAAAUAUUUAUAAUUGAGUUGAGUAGAUAUAUUCAAAAAAUUUACUCAAGUAUAGUAGCAAAGCAUUUGGACAAAUCUUAAUGGUCCUUAAAGUAGACGUAAUUUUCUUUACUUUUAUUAGCAUGUUCUUAUCAUCUUGUCAAAUUUCACUAGUGUAUUAUUUAAAUGAUUAGGGUUAGGUUAGGCAGCAUGGUGGCUCAGUGGUUAGUGCUGAUGCCUCACAGCAAGAAGGCCCCAGGGUCAAGUCCCAGCUCAACUGGGCCUUUCUGUGUGGAGUUUGUGUGGGUUUUCUCUGGUUACCCCCACAAGUCCAAAAACAUGAAUGUUAAAGGAAUAGUUCACCUAAAAAUUUGCUGAUAAUUUACUCACCCUCAGGUCAUCCAAGAUGAAUCUGAGUUUCUUUCUUCAUCAAAACAGAAUUUAAGAUUUUUAGGAUUUCAU